UUAGUUCUCGCGAGAACAGCACGUUGUUGUUGCUACAGAUAGCAUAGCUAGCACUCAGCCAAGCUAUCUAGAUUUCUGCAGUUUUUCUUAACUGUUGGACUGCGAUGGAUGCUCUAGGAGCCCUAGACGAGGCAGAGAGGCCACGGAAUAGCCCUUUCCUAAUAGGGGUCAGCGGAGGAACCGCCAGUGGCAAGUCAACAGUUUGCGCCAAAAUCAUGGAGCUCCUGGGCCAGAACAAGGUGGACCACCGUCAGAGGAAGGUGGCUAUUAUAAGCCAGGACAGCUUCUACAGAGUCCUUACUCCGGAGCAAAAGGGGAAAGCGCUGAAGGGCCAGUACAACUUUGAUCACCCAGAGGCUUUUGACAAUGAGUUAAUGUACAAAACCUUGAAGGACAUUGUGGAGGGAAGGGUGGUUGAAGUGCCAACAUAUGACUUUGUCACCCAUUCCAGGUUGGAAGACAGGAUCACAGUUUACCCAGCAGAUGUGGUCCUCUUUGAGGGGAUCCUGGUCUUCUACCCCCAGAAAGUGCGUGAUAUGUUUCACAUGAAACUCUUUGUGGACACAGAUUCAGAUGUCAGGCUGUCUCGCAGAGUUCUGCGAGACAUGAGCAGAGGGAGAGACCUGGAGCAGAUUCUCACUCAGUAUACAACAUUUGUCAAGCCUGCUUUUGAAGAGUUUUGUUUGCCUACAAAGAAGUAUGCAGAUGUCAUCAUUCCAAGGGGAGUUGACAAUAUGGUGGCCAUCAACCUCAUCGUACAGCACAUCCAAGACAUACUGAACGGUGACAUCUGCAAAUGGCACCGCGGGUCCAUUAACGGCCAUGGGCGGGGCUUCAAAAGGGCCAAUCCUGAGCAGGGUGAUCUGCAGAACGGAGCCGCUAAUCCUGCAGGAAAGAGGGUCCUGCUGGAGCCCAGUUGUCGGCCUCACUGAGACUGUGUGGAUGCAUGGGGUGGACGGAUGUGUCCAGACUGUGAAUAUGAGCUUUGAAUUGGGAUUGCUGCUACUGAUUUGUGCUGGAUGGGUCAGCAACUGUGAUGCCAGUCUCACCCUGUGCAGCCUAAAAAAAAAAAAAAAAAAAAAAAAAAAAAAAAAAAUUCUCCACAAUCCCACGGCACUUGACACCUCUUCAUAAUUUUACAGUAAUUAUUGGUGCAUGACCAAUAUGCUAAUAGAUUAUGCUUUUCACAUGUAACAGUCUUCCAUGAUACAGUUAGAUUUUUCAUUGUUUACUGUGGUAAGAUGACCUGUCACUGAUAUGGAUACAGUUAGGAACAGGGUAGGAAGUGUUAUUUAAAUGGUUUAAUUUCAGUCAUGCUUUUGCACUGAGUUUGAUCUUAUACCUGCUUCUUUGUUGCUUUAAUUGAGAUUAUAUUUAAAUUAUAUUAAUACUUAUCAGUUGUAGAUGUCUUGUUGCUUUCCCUGUUUGUUUUAACUUAUUUAAAGAUCCCCUCCACUAAAAAAAAAAAAAGUUUUUCUUGUUCCUACAGUUGAAUGUUUGUUUCACUGUGCAGAAUUAUGUAUGUGCAGAGUUUAGAAGGAUGUUUUCACAUUUAUCUGCUGAAAGUGGAAAGUUUCUAUGUGCUCAUUGAAAAUCUCAUUUUCAGCAAGUGGGCCUACAAGCAUGAUUUGUGACAUCACAAAUAGUUCGGAAGCCAAUCCUGGUCCAAAAAUGUUAUGUGGAAACUUGAAGCCUCCAGCGCACACACCCUGAGAAUGGACUUUACAAUGAAGUAGGAAACACCUGUUGUCCAGCAGUUCAACUUAUAUUUAUAGAUUCUGGACUUUUAAUGAAGGGGAAGGAGUAGAUGUAAUUUCAAAGAUUUUAACUUAAAGAUAAGUGAACUUUUUUUCUGAAAAGUAGAGCAAUUUUUAUACCAUGUUAUAACAUGUCUGAAGGGGAUCUUUAAAUCAAGUUAUGCCAGAUAGCUGUGUGGUUUAGUAGUGUCACACUUAGAUUGGUAAUGAGUGCUUCCUUCUGAUUAUUUAAAGUUGAAUAUAUGCCUUAAUUUUCCACUGACCAUUCUGUACAACGAUAAAUGGAAAUUCUAUUGUGAAGUUUUAAA